AUGACUAAACAUUCGAUUGAAAUUGAUUUUUCUGAAAAUAUUGAAAUAAAUCAUCCAAAAUGUAUACAUGGUCCAACAUUAUUAUUUCAUUCAUCAACAUCAAAAUUUUUUGCUUGUUCAGCUUGUCGAGAUCGUCAAGAAUGUGAUAUAUUUAUUCCAUAUGAAAAAAGACAUGAAAAAAAAUCAAAAAAAAUUAUUGAACAACAUGAAAAAGAAUAUGAAAAAUUUAAAGAAUAUAUUCAAAUAGUACAAAAAAAUAGAAAAAAAUUUAAUAAACAACGAGAUAUUCAUUAUUGUUAUACUUGUUCGACAUUAUUUUCUGAAAAUGAACAAUCUGAUCAUAUUGAUCAUAAAUAUACUGAAUCUCUUAAUCGUCAACAAUUACGACAACCAUGUCAAUACAUUCUUCAACCACUUGAAAAUAAACGUAGUAAUGCACAAUUUUUCUUUUCACAAACAUUUAUUGAUUAUCUUAUUAAUGAAAUUAUAUUAAAAACUUCUUGGGAUAGUAUUAUUUGUAUUGGUUGUCCAACAAUUUUUGAAAAUCUUCAAUGUUUUAAUUUGAAAAAAAAAUUUCAUUCAUAUUUACUUGAUUAUGAUAUUCGUUUUUGUUCAUUUUAUUCUUCUAAACAAAUGCUUAUUUAUAAUAUGUUUAAUGGACAUAUAUUUUCAAAUAAAAAAUAUUUUCAAGAAAAAUUUCUUUCAAUAAUUAAAAAUUGUUUAAUUAUUAUUGAUCCACCAUUUGGUGGUUUUCAUCGUGCAUUAUCAUAUUCAAUUGAUAAAUUAUUUCAAUCAUAUGAAAUUAAUCGAAAUUUAAUACUUUUUAAUCCAUAUUUUCUUGAAAAAUGGAUUAUUGAUGCAUUUCCAAAUUUAAAAAUGCUUGAUUAUAAAAUUGAAUAUACAUCAAUAUCAUCAUUAAAUUUAUGUCGUGGAAAAAAAGGUUCACCUGUUCGUAUGUUUACUGAUAUAUGUCCAUCAAAAUUUCCACCAUUAGAUGAUAUAAAUUAUAAAUAUUGUUUCGAAUGUAAUCGUUAUACAUUAUUAACAAAUCAACAUUGUUUUCAAUGUCAAUCAUGUACAUCAAAAGAUGGUUUACCUUAUAAACAUUGUUUAUUAUGUCAACGAUGUGUUAAAGCUGAAAGAAUACAUUGUAAUACAUGCAAUGUAUGUCAUUUACCAAAUCAAUGUAUGAAUAAGACAAAUAAAAGAAAACAUUCAUUGUCAGAUAAUAGAAAGAAAAGAAGAAAAAAAUAA